AGUAGUGAUCGGCCGUAAGAGUCGAUCGCUGUUCGUCCAAAACGGGUUUUAAAGAUUUCUUGGAGAAUUUACAUCGUAAAUCCAAGAAAUGGCGUUGAGAUUGCCAAGUCUGGCCAACAUACGUGUUAUGGCUAUAUUUAUUUUUCUGACGGAUGUCAUCGUCCUUGUAGUCGUGCUAGCGUUGUUGUGGAAUAUGGCGGGCAGAAAGGACGAUACGUGUGCAAAGUUGUGCCUUCCAUGUGCAGACAACAAAAACAAAAUUUGCUGCAGUUGCCACGUUCCAACACUGAAGAGCUUUCUAACAAAGACCUUUAAUGAUACACUAACAACAGAGAAGCAAAGGAAAACAGAAACACAAAUGCCGAACUUGACACCAUACAUGGACGUAAGCUGGAACCUCAAACCAACAGCGCACAUCACUGGUUCAAAAAUAAGCACUAGAUAUGAUGGCGGCCGACGAGAUUUAUAUCCAGUACGAGAAUGGGACAAAGAUGGAAACAACUGCCUGAUGCAGAAUGGAAUGGAGUACCGAAAUGGCCGUCUUGUUGUUCCAGCGACGGGAUUCUACCACCUUUAUGGCUUCCUUGACCUUCAUCAGACCUAUGACGACAAGGCUUCGAUGCCUCCUGAUAUGCCAAGCUCCAUCACCAUGAGGUUCUACAAGUAUAAUAUCCUUAAACCAGACGAGGAGGGCCUAAUCGAGACCCUUCGCCCAUAUGAGAGGUCCGCCAACCGCCAGUUUAUGGUUUAUCAGUCUUUUCUGGGGGCUGAUGUUCACCUUGAAGCUGGGGAUGAGGUGUAUCUCAAGGUAUCUAACCUGACCUACAUCAAAAAUCCAUCCAGAAACGUGUUUGGGCUUCACAUGCUAUGAAUUAUAUUGCCACCAAUUGAAUGAAGAACCACCACUGAGUUUGUAUCCCGGUCUCCGUAACUAACCCCCAUCUUCAGAAAACUGAAGAAAAUACGGCAUGAUAGGUACAUAAUGCCUAGCUCCAAGUUUUUCGACCUUUUCUUGAUCAGAAAUAGGCAUUUGAGUUAUAUUCAUUUCUAUGUGUUUGAUGCGUAAGUUUAUCAAAACGGUGCCAAUGAUUUUAUGCAUUGUGAACAUGCUAUGGCUUAAAUCAUUGUUUGAGAAAAGCGGGUAAUACAUUUGUUACUAGCAUGAGAAACAUGAACUCUCAAUAUUUUGUAAAAACGUAUGUCUGAUUUUUAGGAAAAGAAAAUAUUAAUAAAAAGAAAUACAGAAAAGGUA